AUGGACGUGAUACAAAACUCGAAACAAAUUUUGGACUUGGUUCCCUCCAGCGAAGAGGACAUAUUUAACUUCCCCAUAGACUGGAAGGUCCUAAAUCAAAAGGGAAAUAUAAUUACAAGGUUGAAGCCAUGGGUAUGUAAAAAAAUAAUAGAGUACAUAGGAUCUGAUGAGCACGAAAUCACAGGGCAAAUUAGCGACUACUUCGUGGAUCAAGUUUUGAAGCAGAGACCUCCAAAGGAGAUGCUCGUUGCGGCUGAAAAGUUUUUAGACGCAGAUGGGAAGACGUUUAUUUUAAAUAUGUAUAGGCUUAUUAUUUUCGAGCAGCUCAAGGUGACAAACGAUAUGUGA